UGGUGGGGCUUAAAAUCCUGAUUUGACAGAUCACAUUUUACUCACAGGCACCAAGUACAUAGCCAACCACUGCUUGCGAGACGCUUCUGCUCUUCAACGCAUCCCAGAGUCUUCAGAUACAAUGGGGACAAGGUUGAUAAUGUUUAUUUCAGCGGUGGUAUUGGCAUCAUGGGUGCUCUCAGCAUCUGGUGCACACUAUCGCGCUCACCACAAACAGCGGGAAGUAGCACUUACUGAAGAAAUCAAUGCACGGGCAUGGAGAAAUAAGAGAGCAACAGAUGACGACAAUGCCCUCCUGCUUGCCGAUUCACCAGAGGACUCAUCCCCAUUACCACCUGUUGGGGACGCAUUAGACCUUCCGACUUGCCUACUGUGUGUGUGUCUAACUGGAUCUGUCUACUGUGAGGAGGUCGACCCAGAUAUGACAUCAGUGCCUGCUCUGCCAAAGGAGACAAACUACCUCUAUGCUCGGUACAACAAGAUAAGAAAGAUUACAGCCAAAGAUUUCGGAGAUAUCGUGACUUUGAAGAGAAUCGAUUUCACUGGAAACCUUAUUUCUGAGAUUGAGGACGGCGCCUUUGCUAAGCUCACCAUGCUAGAGGAGCUCACGCUAGCUGAAAACGCGCUGGUAAAGCUACCAAUGCUCCCGGGAAAAUUAACCUCCUUCAACGCCAAUCACAACAAACUAAAGACCAAAGGCGUUAAGGCGAAUACAUUCAAGAAAUUAAACAAACUGGUCAGUCUUUAUCUUGCCCACAAUGAACUGGAGGCCGUUCCUAUGAUCCCAGAGAAUGUGCGCACGCUUCACCUUCAGAACAAUAACAUUACAACAGUGAGCCAGGACACCUUCUGCAAAAGUAACGACACCUACUAUAUUCGCGCCAAGAUAAAUGAGAUCCGUUUGGAUGGAAACCCUAUCAUCCUUGCCCAGUACCCCAAUAGUUUCACAUGCCUGCCGUCUCUGCCAAUCGGGCGAUACCAAUGAAACACGGAGUCAAGAUGAAAUGCAGCAAGACAUCCUAGGAUAUCUAAAUAUGAUGAGGCAGAGAAGUCACUAAACCUCCUGGUGCCUGUACAGAAAUGAGUGUACAGCAGAGUAAUGCCAUGAGACUUUCUACUUUAUAUAUCAAAUUAUGUAACAUCUGCCCCAAAAAGUUUUUUUUUCUCACUAUUGAGUUUGUAGCCGAUUUUAAAUCAAACGUCUAUAUAGAAUAACUUUAAAUGCAUUGUAAAUAACCCCCUGGAGGCUGCUGCUUAGUAAAAUGUGAGUUUAUAACAAAUUGCUGUCAAGCUUCAACAUAUUCCUCUGAACUCAUUGACAUUUGUACUGUUAAAAAUGUCUGCAAAGUUAAUUUGAGGGUGAGGAACCAGAAGUUUGGUAGUGCAAGGAGCCAUGACAGCUGGUCUUUU